GUCCCCUGAAAGAAAUCUUUCAUCGACAUUCAGUUUUUGUUAAUGAACCAUUAUUGCACUCAAAGUUGACAACGACCUUACAGGAUUUGCAAUGCUGUCGAAAGGCUCAAGCCAAGAACUGACAAGUGAUGCGAAUGACAGCAAUAGAUGUACAUUAUAUUACUUUCCAACGUCAUUUUCAUCACAAAAGGUUUUAUUAGCACUUUUUGAAAAAGAUGUAAAAUUUAAGCCAAAGCUAGUCAGUCUGUUUCAUGGUCAGCAUAUGGAACCUUGGUAUGUAAAAUUGAAUCCAAGUGGUGUUCAUGUUCCAGUUUUAGUUCAUGAUAAAAAUGUUAUCAGUAAUCCAGAAGAUAUUAUAAAUUACAUAGACAGGACUUUUGAUGAAGGUCCAUGCCUAGUUCCAUCUUCGGACACAGAAUUAGGACAGUCGGUGGCAGCAGUGAGAUAUCAGUUAAAUAAUAUUCCUGUGGAUGUCAUUACAUAUGGAAUCAUAUUCCAUCCUUAUCUGUCUGAUUCUGGGUGUAGAAUACCCUUUGCUGUACAGCGUAGUAUGAGAGAGAAUUUUGCCCGUAGAUUGAGAUAUUUAACACAUAAAGCUACUAAACACCCUGAUUUGAGAGAUGGCUAUUUAGCCAAAAGUCAGACAGCAGCCCAGAAGUAUGAUGUAAUUACAGAUGAAGAAAAAGUUAAAGGGCAACUUGAACAAUUGGAAACUAUUUUGGAAGAAAUUGAAGCGAUGAUGCAGUCUGUUCAAGAUUCUGAUUCAUAUUCUAAUCCAGAUGUUUGGUUAUUUGGACCUCAUUUUACCGCUGCAGACAUUACUUUCUCCUGUCUGCUUAACCGUUUGGUUCUUCUUGGUCUCGAAACUCGUUAUUUCCCAAGUUAUAAAUGUCCAAACAUAGAUCGGUACUACCGACAACUACAGCGACGUUCCACGUACAGAGUUAUUCAAAAAGAAGUCGCAAACAUGAGACUAACUUUAGUAUGGGAAGAUCUGAAAGCUAUAUCGCCUUACAUGGUCGGUGCUACAGGAAUAAUUUUAACUGGUCUGAUCGCAUAUUGGUUUUUAAAGAAAUUGAAAAAUUAAUAAAGACUGAACAGCCAGUGUCAAAUACCUUAGAUAUUGGAAAGUGCAAUAUCACCAGUUAGUUAACCGUUGUAUAAAUAUUUAUUGACAAUAAAUACUUGAAGUGUUUAAAUCAUAACAGAGUAUUUCCACAUUAUAGUCAUUUUGAGUAAAAGGUAUUUAAAAUAUGCCAUAUACCACAUUUUGGUAACAAUUUCAAAAUGUGAUGGUCGCAUUACCGCAGUAUGGACAGAAACUAACAUUGAUAAAUUCUUAUGUAGAUCUGAUUAUCUCAUUUUGAUGGGAUUGGUGUAUACUGUGUUUUAACCUCUUCGCAUCCUUAUUUUAGAUACACUUGUAAUGUAUACUGUUUAAUUGUAUAUUGCUUCCAGUUAUAUCUUACAAUAAAUAGCAUAAUACCAUUGGUUAUUAU